AAUGACGUCAUUGCGAACGUUGCUCACUAGCUGGAUGGAAACAAAUCAAGUUCUGCCACGAUGUCCAGUAAAGAAGUUAAAGCAGAGCUUAAAAGUGCCAGAGAUGCGAUCAAAAACAAAGAGUUUAAAGAAGCUUUGAAACAUUGUAAGAAUAUUCUCAAGCUUGAUAAGAACAACUAUAAUGCCUUAGUGUUCAUUGGAGUGGCAGCCACAGAGCUGCAGCAGCCUGAUCAGGCACAGACAGCCUACAGAAAAGCCACAGAACUGGAGCCAGAGCAACUGCUGGCAUGGCAGGGUCUAGCAAAUCUGUACGAGAAAAGUGACCAAGUUGAUUUUAAAGCCGAGCUGCCAAAGGUCUACCAAAAACUUAUUACACUAUAUGAAACAUCAGACAAAGCAAAGUGUUUUGAAGUGAGCAAGAAGUUGGUAGAAGUCUAUCAGUCGGAGAAGAGCUAUUUACAGGUUGCCAGAGUAUGGCGGCGGUUGAUCCAGGUGAUGGAGGGGGUGGAAGGGGUGCAGAAUUCAGAGCUGCUGGAGCUGUGGAGAGGGAUGACCAGUCUGCUGCAGGCCAGCGUGGAGGACCAGGACAAUGAGACUCAGCAGCACCUUAUAUCAGCAUUUGAAAGAGCUUUGCAACUGACUGGAGAUGUACCCAGUGAAGACCACAAGAGCAUCUCAGAGGAUUAUAUUAAAUGUCUUGUUAAGCUUCCUCAUGAGGUGGCCAAGCUGAAGGAGGUGUGUGAUGCCAUGCUGUCCCUCUAUCCAAAGUGUUCCUACCCAUUAGAGGCCCUCAGUGAGCACUACAUCAAAACUGGUGACUGCAGUGAGGAAGCCAUUCACUGCUUUAGUCGCCUCUCAGAACUGGAUCCAAACAACUCACUCACUCACUUUGGCCUUGGUAUUAAAGCUUUUCAGGAAAAGAAAUAUGAGGAUGCUAUCAAGAAUAUUAGUCUGGGUCUGAAGCGAAUGCAAUCCUCCAUCAUCGGCUGGUAUAAUAUGGCUCAGGCUGAACUGAAAAUGCAUAGAUACUCUGACAGUGCCACAUCUUCCAGCCAAGGGCUAAAUUCGAGUAUGGGGAACUCUGAGGCUUGGACUCAGAAGCUGCAGAGGUUGAGACUAGAGGCUCUGGUUAGGACUGGGACAGAAAAGGAUGCUGAUAAAGCUCUGCAGUUACUUGCUCAGAUUUCAGAUGCCCAAAAUGACCCAGUGCUUUUAGCUUUAAAGGGAAGAGCUCACCUGCAAAAAGGCCAAACUGAGGAAGCAUUUGAGGUUUCUGCUGAGUUGCUGAGCUCCCACCCUGGCUCUGUGGAGGGUCUCACUCUGAAGGGACUUGCAUAUUGUGCUAAAGAUGAACAGAAGCAGGCAGAGGAGAGCUAUCUUGAGGCUUUGACCCAGAGCCCAGAGAAUGGGGAGUUGUACUUCUUGCUGGGGCGCCUGUACUGGAACAUGGGCGAGGAAACUCGGAGGGACCGGAGCAAAGCCCACACACAUUUACUGAAGGCUGCUAAACUGGACCCGUAUCUUGGUUCAGUGUUUCGUUUCCUGGGUCAUUACUACAGGGGGGUGGCAAAAGACCCGAGCAGGGCCAGAGGCUGCUAUAAGAGAGCAUUUGAGCUGGAUACCUCUGACACAGAGGCUGGAGCUGCUACUGUGGACCUCAGCAUGGAGCAGGGAGACAUGGACUCAGCUCUGGCUGUGCUGCAGUCAGUAACAGACAUAGCCACUCCUGGCUCUGCUAAAUGGGCCUGGAUGAGGAGGGGGCUCUACCAUCUGAAGGUUGGUCAGCACCAACAUGCUAUUGCAGAUCUGCAGGCGGCGUUGAGGGCUGAUCCUCAGGAUUGGGUGUGCUGGGAGUGUUUGGGUGAGGCCUAUCUGAAUCGCAGGAGUUUCACGGCUGCUCUGAAAGCCUUUGCUAAAGCACAUCUCCUGCAGCCCACCUCCAUCUACAGCCUCUAUCAGACCGCCGCCAUCAAACAGGUCCUGGGCCGCUUUAAAGAGUCCGCCGUCGAGUACAGGCAGAUUUUAGAGCAAGAGGACUAUGUACCAGCAAUGAAAGGUCUUGGUGAAUGCUUUUUAGCCUUGGCUAAAAGUGCCCUGGAGGAUUAUCUAGAUGGCAGAGCAGUAGACCUGAUACAGAACGCCAUCCAUUAUCUCUUUAGAGCGGUCCAGCAAAGGCCGGACUUGUCCUGUCUGUGGAAGUUGCUUGGUGAUGCCUGCACCACCUCCAGAACUGUAUCGCCAAACCGGGCCAAAGUGCUGGUACCCGGAGCCCUGUGUGGAUUGGAACCACCCGAUCAAAGCCAAACACUGGACCAGAGACAGCUCCUCACUCUUGGAGAAAGGUGCUUUGGUCGUGCUUUGAAACUGAUGCCUGAGGCACCCAGUCUGUGGUGUGACCUUGGCCUGAACAAUUACCACCAAUACAGACUGCUCAAAUCUCAGUAUCCUGAAGAGGACUCUCAGCCUCUGCUGGAGAAAGCUAUGCAGUGUGUAAAGAAGGCUGUCAUGCUGGAUAGUGCCUGUCACACAUACUGGAACGCCCUUGGAGUGGUUGCCAUGGCAAAGGGUAUUGAAAACUUUGCUCUUGCACAACACAGCUUCAUCAAAUCUGUCAAAGCUGAGUCAAAUAAUGUGAUCGCAUGGACCAACCUCGGCGCUUUAUAUCUGAAGAAGGGAAAUAUAGAGCUCUCUCAUGAAGUUUUCAAGAUUGCCCAAUCUUUAGAGCCCCACUAUGUGAACUGCUGGAUUGGACAGGCCCUCAUUGCCGAGACAGUUGGAAGUUACGACACCAUGGACCUUUUCAGACAUACCACAGAACUGAGCACUCAUACGGAGGGAGUGAAGGGUUAUGCAUAUUGGGUUUGCUCCACACUUCUGGAUAAGAGUAACAGAGACUCUGAGCUCUACCUCUACAACAUAGUUCAGAUGAACGCUGUCUCUGCUGCCCAGGUGGCUCUGAGCAAGUACACAGAGAGGAUUCAGACAGACCCUGACGCCUACAUUAUGCUCGGAUACCUGAACACACACCUGCAGCUGAAGAAACAAGCAACUGAGGCAUAUCGCAGAGCUGCAGACUUGCUUCAGGUGUCCCCUCACACGGAGAAGCUCAGCUUUGCUCUUAGGGGUUAUGGACGUGCCCUUAGUGAUGAUGGGCUGUGGGAAGAGGCAGUCCGUAUUUAUUCCUCCACACCACUAGAAGAGCUGCAUGAUCUCGCAGGGCUGGCGCUCGCAUGCUUUAGGACAGGACACCUACAAGAGAGCAUUCAGGCUUAUGAGAAAGCCCUUUCAGUUGCCUCCAGUGAGAAGGAAAAGGCCUAUAUACUCACUGCACUGGCCCUGUUACAGCACAGACUGGGCAGCAUGGACCUCGCCAAAGCCCUGCUAUUCAAGUGUUCAUUGUUGAAAGAGCCUGUUCCAGAGAGUCUUCAAUGUCUGUGUGCUCUUGGUUUGGUUCAUGGUGAUGUUACACUGGCAAGUGCCACACUCACAGAACUGCUAAAGCUGGGGGAUCCUGUAGGAGGUGCUGUGGAGGAGCGCUGUCUGCUAACCUGCACCCUGCUGGCUCUACAGGGCAACUUUAGCAGCGUACACAGGGAGGCUGCGAGGGCUGUACACAGGUACCCAGGAAAUCCAUCUCUCUGGGCUCUACUCUCCAGGCUGGUUCCACAGUACUGCCCCAACAAAGCUGAUGGAGGCGCUGUGGCCGGAAGAGUGGCGUGUCACGCCAGCAUGACGCUUGGAAAGAGAGCGUUGCUGUACAGUGGAGUGAAUCAGUUGGCCUCAGGCCGUCACUGUGGCCAGGACAGAAGACAAAACGCUCUGAAAACUAUUCAGAGAGCCGUGCUGCUGUGUCCAGAUGAUCCAGCUGGGUGGGCGGGGUUAAUGGCUGCCUGUCACACAGAGAACACUGCUUGCAUUCUCUCAGGCUCUGCCCCUCACAGGGAGAAUCUGGAGAGGGAACUCAUGACCCUGGUUUCAGAAAAAGUGAAGAGCCUGCAGAUAGAGGAUGGGCUCUUGGCUCAGGCUCUGGAGGGUUGGGUGCUGCAGCAGGCAGUGACUGGCCUCAAACAGAGCUGCCAAUAUGACCAGGCAGAGACUCUCUGCUCUCAGGUUCUGAGUGUAUCUCCAGAGCAUCCUGUGGUUUUCCUGAUGUUGAGGCAGGUUCAGUGUGAGCGCCUCCUGAUGUGUGAGGCGGGUAACUGUGUUCCUCCUGCAGUGCUAGAUCAGCUCAGUGCUGCUGUCAUGGCCAACCUCACAUCAGUGUCUGCCUGGCAUUGGCUGGCAGAGGUUUACCGCUCUCAGGGCCUGCUGUCUCAAGCCUCUGUGGCAUAUAAACAGAGUCUUCAGCUGGCUGCUCAACUGGGUGACAACAGUGGGAAGAUGAGCAGUCUGCUCCGGCUAGCCCUGCUUGCGCUGUCCACAUGUAUGACUGGUGUGUGUGUCUCUGAGUGGAAGGAUCUGGUGUUGGAGGCCAGCACUGAAGUCUUAAAGAUGGGCAUCUCUCCAGUAGCUCUACUCUUUCAGGCGUUACUGCAGUUCUCCAUCAAGAUGGGCGCCAGGGAAACGCGUCGUCUGUUGGAGAGGAUUGUUUAUAUGUCAGCCUCUGGGAGUUCUGAAAGUGUGGUAUCGGUGGCCCGCUGGUACCUCCUGCGUCACUUGCACUCCAAAGAUGACCUGGAGCUCAUAGAUUCCCUGCUGGUGGAGGCUACAGCAGCAGGAGAUAGCAGACUGGUGGAUUUCCAUAGACGACUGUACCCAUUCAGCUGAGAUGUUCCACCAAUCUCAAAAUCCCCCAGGAUUCAACAGCAGCUUCAGCUGUUCUCCUUGUUCUACUUCUCAUUCUAUCUAACAUCAAUUUACUCAUUGAUCCACGAUCAAUAUUGUGGUUAUGUGUUUACAAAUUUGAUAGUCUUGACAUCACCAAUGACUCAUUUAUUACAUAACUUGAAAUGGUAUGUGGAUGAAAGUAAAGAAGCACUUGAUCAAUGUGACUGACCAUUUGAAUAGCAAUUUAUGGUCAUUUUAUGAUAUAUUAGAAAGAAUUGGCAUGACAAAAACUCAAUCACGUCAUUGACACAUGAAUAAUUCUGUUAAUAUUUGAAUACUUUUCUUUGCCUUCUCCCAAUUACAUUUAUUUUUCACCAUUAUUAUAACCAAAAGGCUUGCCCGACUAUAAGCUGAAUUUACAUCAAACAGAAAUUGCUGUUGUAAAACUCAAAAGCACUUCCUGCAUCAAAAACGUGGUCAUAUCAUUGCAUCCAAAAUCACGUUGUGCAUGUUUGAAAAUACAGUGACCUUCAAAUUGCCUAUUUAUGGUCAGAGAAGCUUUUGAAGAGUUUACUUUUCUUCUAUGCACAAGCAGAAACAAUGGACUUCUGUUUUUAAUGCUACCCCUAAUAACUGACUUUACACAUCUCUGUCAGGACUGACCUGCGGUAUACUGCAACAAUCAAUUGUAUCUCUGAAAUAUAAAAUCAUGUGGGGGGAAAAGAUAAAUGGAGAGGGAAAUAAUAACAAUGGUUUGUUGUGUUUGUAUAUUUAUGCUUUGCAAAUACACAUUGUAUUUGUCUUUUGCAUUGGUGGCUUGGAAAAUUUUAUGAGAAAGCAGGCAUUUAUUUAUUUGAGCAUUUGUUAUAAUCAAUGUUCGGUCUGGGUAUGUGCGGACAAACAAAAAACAUUUCAUCUUUCUAAUCUUUCAGUAUUGACCCCACAUGGGUAUUUUGUAACCAGUCUUGGGUUUGCAGUAAUUGCACCCUGAUUGAAGUGCAUUAACUGAUUGUUCACUCACUAUCUGAUUUUAAAGCCUUAGACCAGCAAACCGUAGUUCAAUUGGAGAUUUUUCUCAGAGAUUGGCAGUGAGUAAUUCAGGAAAUUACCUCAAAGAGACCAGUUUAAAUCCCUUUUCAAUCUAGUAAACAAGUGUAGACCUUAUUUGAUUGUAUUGCACAUCUGUGCAUAUUCUGCUGAAUCAUACUUGGUGAAUGUUACCUAUUCCAGUAAGAAUGAUUGUGUCUUUUAAAAGAAUAUUCCAGUACAAUAUCUUUAAGGUCUGAGUUACUUCAGCCCCACCAUGUUUCUCUGGAUCUGUCUGAUGUCUCUUUGCAGCUCUCACUUAUCCAGCUUGGCAUUGGUGUCACCGAUGUGUUUUAGAGAUGCAAUGGCAUAAUAAACGGGCUGGAACCCUGGCAAACAGAAUGGUUGAGAUCACCUCUCUCAAACUUUAAGGGCCCAGCCUUUUGGGAGCAUUGACUCUCUGGCUGGAAGUAUGUGUUAGAUGUCUCAUCUAUAAUGCAUUAACUACCCUCAGUCUGACACCAGAAACUCAGAGAAUUUGAGAGGGAAACUGAUGUAUGUUUUGAGGCUAUAAGUUACAAUGAUUAAUUUAGCUUUUGCUGGGUCAUUUCUAUUAAAUGCCUGUCUAAGUCAGUAACACUUUCAAAUAGUGUGGUUGAAAAGAAAUUUUAUAGACAAAUAAAGUUAAGAAAUGUCAAAGCUGCCAGGCCAGAAGGCAGCCAGCAGGCUUCGCUUAAAAUUGUUUAAGCACAUCCAUCUGUACAUUAAGCUUGACUAAGUGAUUCCAAAAGACUAGAAAUUGUAUUCUAACUGCACUCUAUUUUCCCCAAUUAAACAGCAUUUGUU